CUCUCUACACUUCGCCCAACUCACUUCCUCAACGCGAUCCAGCUCCUCACAUGGCGCCCGUACCUAUCUCGAUCUUACGGGUUCUCUCCAUCACCGACCCCGCCAAAGCCAGCCUAUCGACCUCCGGCCUAGGCUCCGGCUUCACCAGCACCGGUGCCAUCCGCGCUACCGUUCCCGGCCCCGACGGCCACGAAGAAGAACGCCGCUACUUCGUCAAGACCUCUGCAAAUGGAACCUCCGCCGCCGAGAUGUUCCGUGGGGAAUACGAGUCCCUGAACGCCAUCGCCUCGAGCGUACCCAGUUUUUGUCCACGAGCACUAGCGUGGGGUGCCCUGGACGAGGAUGCCACCGACUCCUCCUCCUGCUCUUGCUCCUCCCCAUCCGCUGCCCCCAAGAAGCAAAAACGCUACUACCUCCUGACCGAAUACCUGGACCUGGGGGUCGGUGGCUCUCGUCGCGCCAGUGACCCGUCCUCUGCCUCGUCCCUCGCGCACCGGCUCGCGCAACUCCACUCCACGCCCGCCCCGCCGGACCCAGACACCGGCCGGCGCCGGUUCGGGUUCCCCGUGCCGACCUUCUGCGGGGACACGAAGCAGCCCAACCGAUUUCGGGAUGAUUGGGCGGAUUUCUACGCGAACGAGCGGCUACGGACGAUUUUGGAGAGCUCGGAGCGGAGGAACGGGCGGGAUGGCGGGUUGAGGGAGUUGGUGGAGCGAACGGCGGAAACGGUUGUGCCCAGGCUGUUGGGGAAGGGGCAUUUGGGGUAUGAUAAGAAUGGGAAGGGGGAGGGGAUCGUGCCGGUGGUGGUGCACGGGGAUCUGUGGAGUGGGAAUGCGGGUCGGGGGAGAAUCGUGGGUGGGAAGGCUGUGGGUCAAGAUGCCGAAGAAGAUGAGGGGAGUGUCGGGGAUGUGGUCUAUGAUCCCUCGGCGUGUUAUGCGCACAGCGAAUUUGAGUUGGGGAUUAUGAGGAUGUUCGGGGGGUUUGGGACCAAGUUCUUCGAGGAAUAUCACAAGUUGGUACCGAAGACGGAGCCGGUGGAGGAGUAUGAGGAUCGCGUGAGGCUGUACGAGUUAUACCAUCAUUUGAACCAUCAUGCGAUCUUUGGCGCGGGGUAUCGGUCGGGCGCUGUGUCAAUCAUGGAGAAAUUGCUGAAGAAGUAUGGAUGAGAUAUUGGUCAGAUUGAAAUGAAUGGUGAAAGUAGUUCGUAGUAUCAACUACUACUUAUUGUAGUUAUGGGAUGUAGUCCUGGAUUAAUAAUCCCAUCUGAU